GGAACAAGAGGAGGGGAAGAAGACCCGACUGUCACUGUGGAGGACGACGGCACUAUUUUUCUGCUCGGAUGUAUAUUUUAAAAAAGUAGCAAGUUAGCUAAUUUGUGUUAGCAGGCUGUAUAGGCGGAAAUUGAGCGUUUGUAGGUGUGAAGUGCGAUUAUUCUAACCACCAAAGGACCCGCGGAGGACACCUGCUGGCUGCUGUCCGGACAAUGGGGUCUCCGCUGCGCUGGUGCCCCCUCCCUCCCCUCCUGCUGGUCUUCGGCUCUCUGCUCGUAACCACGCCGCUGCUGGGGUCCUGUCACCCCGCCCACAUGCCCCCACGGCUCGGGCCUGUCAUCCUGGAGCGGUUCCCCCCGCACGUGCUGGGUUUUAACUGGAGAAACCUCACCUGUCCGCUGUGCAAAACCCUCUUCACCAUCGUUGACAUCGCGCUUCUGAGCGAUACGAAUGCAGAGCGCGUGGCGCGUGCUGUAGGGGAAGCCUGCAUCCGUCUGCAUCUGGCUGAAGAGCAGGUGUGCCGAGAAAUCACCGAGCUGUUCAGGGACGACUUCAUCCGGGCCCUGCAGGAGUCCCUGCUGUGGCCCAGUGAAGCGUGCGCCGUGCUCGUGGGGCCCGCCUGCGGUAAAUUUGACAUCUACGCGCCCUGGAACGUCACUCUACCGAAGGGUCCUAAACCUCCUGUCACGCCACCGUCUCCCCCUAAACCCGGAUCUCCGCAGAGCCGAGUCUUGUUCCUCACCGACGUCCACUGGGAUAAGGAGUAUCAAACUGGAAGUCCUGCCGAUUGCAAGGAGCCGUUGUGCUGUCGGAACAGCUCCGGAAGUCCCAGCUGGAGGAGGAGAGGCGCCGGGUACUGGGGGACUUACAGUAAAUGCGACCUCCCUCUGCGAACGGUGGAAAGCCUCCUUCAGAACGCCGCCAGCGUCGGGCCUUGGGACUGGGUCUACUGGACCGGAGACAUACCCGCCCACAACGUCUGGUCCCAGACGAGGGAUCAGCAGCUGAUGGAGCUCACAGUCAUCUCAAGACUCGUCCACAAACACCUCGGCCCUAAUGUCACCGUUUACCCUGCUGUGGGUAACCACGAGAGCACGCCGGUGAACAGCUUCCCGCCGCCCUUCAUCCACGGCAACAGGUCUUCUGGCUGGCUCUACGGCGCGAUGGCAGAUGAAUGGGCACCGUGGUUGCCAGAUCCGGCCUUGAAGACGUUGAGAUACGGGGGGUUUUACACGGCGGAGAUUCAGCCUGGUUUGAGGGUGGUCUCUCUCAACAUGAAUUUCUGUGCGCGGGAGAACUUCUGGCUGAUGGUGAACUCCACUGACCCCGCCAACCAGCUGCAGUGGCUGGUCCAGAUCCUCCAAGCCAGUGAGGAUAAAGGAGAAAAGGUCCACAUCAUUGGUCACAUUCCACCUGGUCUGUGUCUUGGUAGUUGGAGCUGGAACUACUAUCACAUAAUCAACAGAUAUGAAAGUACAGUCACGGGACAGUUUUUUGGCCACACUCAUCUGGAUGAAUUUCAGAUGUUUUACGACGAGGAGAGCAUGACUCGGCCAAUUGGCGUGGCGUUCGUUGCUCCCAGUGUCACCACUUACGUCAAUCUGAACCCAGGUUAUCGAGUCUACAUCGUGGACGGGAAUUACAAAGGCAGCUCUCGGCUGGUGCUGGACCAUGAAACCUACAUCCUGAACCUGACGGAGGCCAACCGUCCAGCCGUGUUGACUAAUCCAGUAAAGGAGCCCAAAUGGACGCUCCUGUACCGCGCCACAGAGGCUUACGGUCUUCCCGCGUCGUUCCCCUCCGACUACCACUCGCUGCUGCGGGCCUUCAUCAACAACGACCGUGUUUUCCAAAAGUUCUGGUACCUCAGACACAAAGGACACGUGUCGGAGGUCUGCAAAGAGACCUGCAAAACGACGGUGCUCUGCUUCCUGCAAAAUGGCCGCUCCGAUCAGCUGGAGCAGUGCGACCUCAUUCACGGUUUUGAAGGCGGCGUGGGGCGGCCGUUGAGAAAAACUCUCUGUUAACCGUAGCAACUAAAGCUGAGAGACUAUUUAUUGAAACAAAAAAAAGAGCAAUAUUGCCAAAUAUGAGCCAAAGCAUAAAAUUGAAGUUGCUGCAAUAAAAAACAAAGUUUCCAGCUAUGCCGAAUCAUUUUCAAAGCCUUACAUACCAAUAAUCGGUGUUGACGGAUCAUUUAGAAAAAUAAAUAAAUAAAAUAAAUAUACUUGAAUGCGCACAAUUGUAGGAUUGUUUUUCUUCUUUAAACGUACAGAAAGCUUCCCUUUUCUUCUUUACCGAGUGCCUUUUCCAUCAGAGUCCAUGUAAAACCAACAGUUUUACAGCAAAGCGUUUAAUACGCUUUUUAAGUUUCACUUCAUAUUUUUGGCUUUAGCGCAGCAGGAAGUCUGUGUAAAACUUUUGUCACUUUAUGGUUCUUACCUUUUGGUAGCAAUCGCCAUCGUUGAGGAGAUUUAGGUCAAUUUAAAAACCAUCUGCCUCAAACAUUCUUUAUUCCUGUAUCAGUGUUUUGUUUAAAUUCAUGUUUACUUUAUUUGCACUUUAAUUCAUUGAUUUGUCAAAAGAAUAAGUGUGAUUGGCUCAGAAAGAGGUCUGUUUGUGAAUGCAAUUUGUAAAUUGGGUUGUAUUUAUGAUUGAAUAAACAUCAUUCUGUAUG